UCGACCGUUGAGAGAGAAACAUAAGCGGUCAAGUCGUUGUACUUUUUGGUCGAGCUCUGUUGGGAUUUGUAGUCAUUGUCAUGUCCGUCGAUCACAUUGUGGGAGGAAUCAAGCAGCUGGAGGGGAAUGAGAAGAAGGAAGCUCUCGAGCUACUGGAUUCCACCUUCUCGCAGUUGGCCUCCAGAGAAGGUACACCCUACAAGGUGGUAAAAGUAACCUCUGUGACGGGUCAGGUUGUGGCUGGAACUCUCAAUACCUAUGAGGUUGAACUGGAUAAUGGAUCCGAAGUAAAGCAGUGUCACGUGGAAAUCUGGACUCAAAUUUGGCUAAAGGAGAAUGGCACCAACAUCAAAAUAAAGUUCGCCGGCGAAGAUGUAGAAUUAGAUCGCACUUGGUAAAGAAGGAAGACUCGUGUUUAUUGUAAACGCAAAUAAUUCUGAAGAAUUUACGUUUAAAAUACAAAAGAUAAAAAAGUAUUAUCAAAUAAAUUCCCCGCUCGCUCUGUGGUGUGUAAUGAGCUUUGCUCUCUCCAAAUUAGUAAUAUGGUUUGCCAUAUUGGUGAGAAACUACAUUUGUUUGUAUAGUUACACUUAUCGGAUUCACAGAGUUCAACAAUAGUGGUUGAUAAGGUUGCAGGUGAAACUCUAUACAUAUGAAAUACAUUUGUAGUACUGAAAUCAUGAAUAACGAAUUGAUAAACAUUUUCA